AUGCAUCUUCGACCGCAAUUGUUCCGGAUCGGCUUCAUAGGAGUUGACAUGUUUUUCGUCCUAUCUGGUUUCCUGAUGACCAAAAUUCUUCGCGAGAAGGAGUUUUCAAUCACAUCAAUUCGUAUUUUCUAUCUACGCAGAUUCAAACGGAUCGUACCUAUCUACAUGCUGGUCGUCGUCGGAAUAUACAUAUGUUGGUUUCAAUAA